AUGGUCAAAGUCGCAAUUCUUGGUGCUUCUGGUGGUGUGGGACAACCGCUAUCUUUGCUGCUAAAACUAAGCCCUUACGUUUCUGAACUGGCCUUAUAUGAUAUCAGAGCUGCUGAAGGGAUUGGUAAAGACUUAUCUCAUAUCAAUACUAACUCUGAUUGUGUUGGUUACGACAAGGACAGCAUUGAAAGUACCUUGGCGAAUGCGCAGGUGGUGCUUAUCCCUGCCGGUGUGCCCAGGAAACCUGGAUUGACCAGAGAUGAUUUGUUCAAGAUGAACGCCGGUAUUGUCAAAAGCUUGGUGACCGCUGUCGGUAACUUUGCGCCAAAUGCAAGGGUCUUGGUCAUUUCCAACCCAGUCAAUAGUUUGGUUCCCAUUGCCGUGGAAACUUUGAAGAGAAUGGGAAAGUUUAAACCUGGAAACGUCAUGGGUGUGACGAACCUUGAUUUGGUGCGCGCAGAAACAUUCUUAGUAGACUACUUGAUGUUGAAAGACCCCAAGAUUGGACAACAAGAGGACAAGACUAUAAUGCACAGGAAAGUCACCGUUAUCGGAGGCCACUCGGGCGAAACGAUUAUUCCAAUAAUUACCGACAAAUCUUUGGUGUUCCAGCUUGAGAAGCAGUACGAGCAAUUCAUUCAUAGGGUUCAAUUUGGUGGUGACGAAAUUGUCAAGGCAAAGCAAGGCGCUGGUUCAGCCACAUUGUCUAUGGCAUUCGCAGGGGCAAAGUUCGCUGAAGAAAUCUUGAGAAGCUUCCAUAAUGAGAAGCCUGAAACAGAGUCGCUCACCGCAUUCGUUUACUUGCCGGGGUUGAAAAACGGUAAAAAGGCACAGGAUUUGAUCCGUGACAACUCUAUUGAGUACUUUUCAUUGCCAAUUGUCCUGAAGAAUGGUAGCAUCACGUCUAUUGACACUAGCAUCUUGGAGAGACUGUCUCCAAGAGAGGAACAGUUGGUUGACACCGCUGUCAAGGAACUACGCAAGAAUAUUGAGAAGGGUAAGAGCUUUAUUCUAAACUCUUCCAAGUUAUGA